UGACAUCACUGCCCAUGGAGCAACAGCUCUGAUACUUUUACUCAGGCAAAUGAGUAGUCUUCCUAUUCGUGCUUUGAAGGAAGAACCACAGGACCCCUUCAUUCUCUUUCCGCCGUACCCGCCAUCUUGCGAGCAACCGGGGUAAUCAGGCAUCAUGACAAACACCAGAGGCAAGAGGAGGGGGACCAGGUAUAUGUUUGCCAGGCCCUUCCGCAAGCAUGGUCCAAUCCCUCUGUCCACCUACAUGCGCAUCUACAAAAAGGGUGAUAUUGUAGACAUCAAGGGCACAGGAACCAUCCAGAAGGGCAUGCCUCAUAAAUGCUACCAUGGAAAAACAGGACGUGUUUAUAAUGUUACACAGCAUGCUGUAGGCAUCAUUGUCAACAAGCAAGUCAAGGGCAAGAUCCUGGCUAAGAGAAUUAAUGUGCGCAUCGAGCACAUUAAGCACUCAAAGAGCAGAGACAGCUUCCUGCAGCGCGUUAAGGAGAACGAGAAGAAGAAAUUGGAGGCCAAGAAGCAGGGCACCUGGAUUGAGCUUAAACGCCAGCCUGCUGCUCCACGGCCAGCACACUUUGUCAGCACCAAGAACAACGAGCCUCAGGUCCUAGAGCCCAUCCCCUACGAGUUCAUGGCAUAAGUCUGCUGACCAAAAUAAAGACCUUUGUACCACAUAAA